GCGAGGAUAGAGAACCGAGGCGUUGCUCAUUCCAGUGUUUUUCCACCAUAACCAGAUCUCAAGCGUGUUCGUGAAAAUGGCGAACCCUAAAGUAUUCUUUGAUAUCAAUAUUGAUGGCAAAUCGGCCGGCAGGAUCAUAAUGGAGCUGCGCGCUGAUGUGGUGCCGAAGACUGCAGAAAACUUCCGUGCUUUGUGCACCGGGGAGAGAGGCUUUGGCUACAAGGGCUCCUCGUUUCACCGAGUCAUCACCGACUUCAUGUGCCAGGGUGGGGACUUUACCAAAGGCGACGGAACCGGAGGCAAAUCCAUCUACGGGGAGAAGUUUGCUGAUGAGAACUUCGCCUUGAAGCACACGGGACCUGGCGUACUGUCCAUGGCCAACGCCGGGAAAAACACCAACGGAUCCCAGUUCUUCCUCUGCACAGUCAAAACAUCUUGGCUGGACGGGAAGCACGUGGUGUUCGGCAGCGUUGUGGAGGGCAUGGAUGUCGUCAAGAAGAUGGAGGCGGUCGGCUCAUCAAGCGGCAAAACUUCUAAGAAGGUUGUCAUCGCCGACUCUGGUCAACUAUAGUGCAACACAGCUCCUUCAGUUCAGAUUUAACCAUUCAUUAUCCACAUCCCAUUUAAUCUUAGAGAUGAUGUAUAUCUGCAGCAUUAAUAGACAAACACAAAUUUAUCGGUUUUAUCACGUUUCGUUCCUUCUAAUCUGAUUUUCUACGACCCCAUUUGUCAACAAUCUGACUAAAAUGAUUCUUAUUGUCUAAAUAAAGCAAGUUUAAAAGUUU